AUGGCGUCCAAUUCACGUUGCCCCGCCAUCAAUGCGGGCAACCACCAGGGCUAUAUGGAAUACGCACUCCUCCAAGCCCAGCUCUCGCCUCCAGGACCGACAAAUUUUUGUGUUGGAGCCGUCCUCGUCGACGCAGACAAGAAUGAGAUAUUAUCGGCGGGCUAUACGAAGGAGCUGCCAGGGAAUACACAUGCCGAACAGUGCUGCUUCAUGAAAGUGGCACAACAGCACAGCCUCCAAGAGGAGGAGAUAAGUCAAGUGUUGCCGAAAAGCACUGUCUUGUACACGACGAUGGAGCCUUGCAACGAGAGAUUGAGUGGAAACCGGACGUGUGUGGAGAGGAUAUUAAGGCUGAACGGCGCCAUUAAAGUGGUUUACGUUGGAGUUCUAGAACCAGAAAAGUUCGUCGGACAGAAUCUAGGUAGGAAAACGCUUGAAGAUGCAGGUGUUCAGGUUACGAUUGUUAAAGGGCUCAAGGAUCGGAUUUUGGAGGUUGCCACCGCAGGUCAUGAUAAACCGGCCGAAUAA